AUGCCAAUGCGGCCGAAUCUUUUAGCAAGUCGGAAGACCCAGUCUUCGAUUGCAAAACAUAGCAGUCACAUCGAUGGAUCCAGAUCCUAUGGGUCACUGCGAUUAGGACUUUUCGAGCGUCAGCAUGCUUGCGCUCGAUCUGUCCCGAGGCUCCGACAUGUGUCUUUACCGAAUACAAGCUCCUCGUACGCCCCGCCCACGGCCUCUCAAUCCAAGCGGAACUUCUGCAAUACCACUCGCAAAGAAGGCAUAUGGGAUGACGAUGAUGAAGUUCCAGAGCCAAAGCCCGUAUCAAAACCGGUACAACGAAUUCCAGGCCGGUCUGCUUUUGUGCGCCCUGUCCAACAUCGAGACUUAGGCAGCUUGAUCCGAUCGAGAGCAGAGGGGAAAUCCCGAGUCUCUCAACGUCUGCACAUUGAGAAGGAGCUUAAUUCGCUGCCUUCUUAUCAGGAAUUGGUUGGGAGUUAUAUCCAGCUGAAGUACAAACGUGCCGAUGAUCUUCUUGAUGAAUCUAUCAAGGCCAUACUAGCCUAUGAGGCUGAAUAUGGAGCUCUCGAAUCAACAUUUCAAAAUCGAAUCAAUGAUGUGGUCUCACGGAUAACGAAACAGGUUCUCCAUGCUGAAAAGACCACCCAAGAAUGUGCGACUGAACUGGAAAGCCUGUCAAGUACCAUCACCGCGAGAAUUGUAAGGAUGGUCUCAGACAACACGAAUUUAGUUCUGCAAGCAGAAAAGAUCACUCAAAAAUAUGUCGCCGAAGUGAUAGAGCUUUCAUCUUCCAUAAUGGGAUUGGAACGACUACAGGCUGCUGUCGCGGAAGCAGAGAAGACGGGUCGAAUGAUUGAUCAUGGUUUCUGCUGUAUUGUUUUUGGUAGAACUCCAGAAUGGGAAAGCGAACUGGCAAUGUCCGCCCAGAAGAUCCAUAGUUGGCAGAAGUGUCUUCAAACGUCUCAAAAGACACUCCUUGCACCUCUGGUUCACCUUUCCGAGCUGUCCAUCCAUCGAUUGAAAAAUUAUCUCGACAAGGAUUUCCUACGACCCCGGAAUACCGCAAGAAAACAAAUUGAUAGAAUUCUUCAUCAAAGCAAUCUGAUUCAGAAGAACUACGUGGAGUUACGACUGAAGAGCGAUAACACACGAAUUUUUCCUAUCAGGGACCUUUGCUCGUCCCUUCAAGCACGCUCGAACCUUCGCGCAACCGAUAAAUGGGUGUUUGGCCAGUACAAAGAAAUCCUUGAGCAUAGUUAUCUCGAAAUUAGUAAAUGUGCGCAUCACCACCGUGCAUAUUGGCUCAGGAGGCAGAUGGCUUCGCAUCCACUUCGACACAGUGAACUAUGGAAUUUGAGGGAUUUCAUGACGGCAGUUUCGUCCGCACGUUCUCCUGAAGCUACUGACAGGCGGGUCUUGCUUGCACUUGCGCUGGGUGCCCCGAAGGACUCCCCGGAGGCUCGGUACUUAGACGAAAGUCCACUCCUGAUAUCCAACAAGAUCUACCUCGAAUACAACCAGCUUUGGAGGCCAAAACCGCCACGCAGCCCUAAGCUACAUAUCUACUGGCGACAAUUGGAUGUAAUAGCGCCACUGCUCAUGACUGAAGUUGUCACAUGGGGAAUUCAAAAUGAAGUUUGGUACCUUUACCACAGCCUGAGAGGUGAUAGUGGGGAAUUGUGGACUAGGGUCUCUGGGCAGACUCGGUUUUCCACUGUUUCAAAAAUAGCCGACUGGUGUAUAGAAUUCCAGAAACAUCGCAGCGCUCUUCGACAGAUGGUGUCUGAAUACAUACAUCUAAACUGGCUGCGUCUUCGAUCGGAAUCAUUGCUACGCUCAAUGAAACAACGUGUCUAUCUUGCUGGAAAGUUUCAAGUGCUCAACCCACUGAGUCAGGAUACCCGUGCCUUCAAGAAAUGGACCGAUCGCAUGGGCCAGCUCGCUUGUGGGGCUUAUAUUCCCUUGAUGGCCAGCCGACUAACGCGGCCGGAGUGGGAGCUCAUCCACGACGAGAUUGAGCGCAACAUUGGCGUAAACUCCCAAAUAUUAGAGCUAGGUUCUUCCACAAUGGAGGCCAGACGUAGGGAACGAGAGGAAUCCGAAUCUGCCAAGGCCGCUUUCAUCGAAUUAUCUCAAAGCCGUCUCGAAAGAUAUAUCAAAGGGCCAUCGUUGAGCCAUAUCGAGUCUCCGCCUACGAAUCAGGGCAAUCAAACGUCCGGUCCAGUUGUGAUACCCAAGGAAAGUUCCUUGAAAUGGAGAACGCAGGUGAGGAGGGGAAUCGAACAAGAGGGUGCAGCCGAGUCAGCUGCUGACCAAGGCAGUCAAGGGGAGAGCCGCCUUGAACACGGAGUGCCUCCUGAUCUGUCGACAAUAAAGACUGAGGGCCAAACAACAGAGGAUGAUCUUGAAUACAAACCACUGCCAAUUGAUGCGCCUACCGGUCAGGACGGUCAGGUCAUCUACAAGUCAUCACCUAAACCCCGGAAGAGAAAAUUUAGGAGUCUCGACGCGCAUGAGUUCAAUCCGUUCCUAGUCAAUGCGCCUACCGAUCAGGACGGUCAGGACGGCCAGGACAGUCAGGUCAUUUACAAGUCAUCACCCAAAUCCCGGAAGAGAAACUUUAGGAGCCUCGACGCGCAUGAGUCCAACCCGUUCCUGGUCAAUGCGGCUUCUAGCCGAGUUCUUCCCAAGCCACGGCCUAUGCCUCCGAAGAGUAAAGACGUGAGCCUCAGCACGGAGCCACGUCUUGAUGACCUCCGUCCGCCAGGUCCAAGAGAAACCAGCACUCACUUCCCAGGCACAAGGACACGUAACAGACUACGACCAAUGAUGUUUCCGAAGAAAACAUUCGCUAAACCAGAACCAAACGAUGGGAGAAAGUAUAGCACGGGUGCAAUUUUCCACCAAGCACAGCUUCGACAAAGCAGUGGUGCCAGUGAUACUUCCCUGGUUGAACGGCCACUUGAAACCCAUUUGUCCUCGGUCCGGGAUCCCACGAACGGAUCAGGAUCUGCUGAACAAAAUGAUUCCACGGCUGAGCCAAUUCCAUCUUCAGACAUUGGUUCCAGUGCCAGCAAUCUUACGACGCCCCAGUUCUGGACCCAUAAUUCACAACAAAGCCCCGAUGGCCGAAAACUCAUCGUGCAUUAUUGCCGGACCCUUCAAAGCACCGAAGAAGCCGUGCAACACUUCCUCGGGAGCAAAGUCAUUGGAUUCGACAUGGAAUGGAAGGCUCAAGCCUCAGGCUUCGACAGCAUUCAGAGCAAUGUCUCGGUGAUCCAAAUAGCAAACGAGGAACGUAUCGCCAUCUUUCAGGUUGCACUCUUCAAGCCUGCACGUUCUCUGGAGGACCUAGUUUCUCCGUCAUUGAGACGCCUCGUUGAAUCUCCCGACGUCAUUAAAGUGGGUGUUUCGAUCAAGGCAGACUGCACACGGCUGCGCAAGUAUCUCGGCAUUGAUGCCAAAGCCACCUUCGAGCUCAGUCAUUUGUACAAGUUGAUCAAAUACGGCAAAGACAAUCCUAAGUUGGUGAACAAGAGAGGCGUCAAUCUCAGCGAGCAAGUAAACGAGCAUUUCGGUCUCCCUCUCGAGAAAAGUGACGAUGUGCGCUGCGGUGAUUGGACUCGGAAUUUGAGUUAUCGUCAAGUUCAAUAUGCUGCUACCGAUCCGUACGCCUGCGUUCGUCUGUUCCAUAUCAUGGAAGCGAAAAGACAAGCCAUGGACCCAAUGCCACCUCGUCCCGCAUUCGCUGAACUCAACCAACCCAUUGUUCUUCCACUUGGACUAGCGGUCAACGGCGAAGAGGACCCACUGAUUUGA